ACUGCCAGGUCAGGUGACAAUCUUUUAUUUAUUUAUUUUUUUUUUUGUUAUUUAUUUAUUUGUGCGGAAGAAGCAAAAGAAAAGGAAAGAAAGAAACAUCGAGAGGAGUGAAUGGUUUCGGUCGAAGGAUAUUUCCCGUUACAACGACAGUGUUGCUUAUUUGUGGUGGAAUUAUCGAACUUAUCUAAUUAUUUAAUAACACAACCAUCAUGAAAAAGAAGAUUGGUUUGCACCUCCGAGUUCUUUUGACUCUAAGCAUGAAGGCACUAACCACUAACCUCUGCUGGGUUGUACAUUCUUCACCAUGGAAGGACUUUGUACUUACUACCAUCAGUCCCACUUUCUGGUGAAAAGGUAGUCGAUCUGGCAUGUGCUCUCCAGGUUGAUAGGGCAUCAGGUGACUCUAGUUCCUGAAGUUUGUGUUGCAGAUGAUUUUGCAUCACAGAAAUCCAAGCCCCUCGUUCCUUCCUCAUUUUGGAAACCAAAUCUAUAACCUCCAUGCACAACAUGGAAUCCACCAGAAUACUGUUCAACUUGUGUAUUAAAGUCACCAUCCAUGAAAAUAAGGUCACUGUCAUUAGUCAUUGAGGUAGUCUGGAAAAGAGCAUCAUAAGACGGUUCUUUUGUUUGUACUACAGUCUUGAUUCAGGAGCACAAGCAGAGGUCCUUUUGAUGGGCAAGAGUGGCUCUGGUAAAACCAGCAUGCGCUCAAUUAUAUUUGCCAACUAUAUUGCAAGAGAUACUCGCAGACUUGGUGCUACAAUUGAUGUUGAACAUUCUCACAUCCGUUUCCUUGGUAACCUAGUUCUCAAUCUUUGGGAUUGUGGUGGACAAGAAGCUUUUAUGGAGAACUAUUUUGCCAGCCAGAGAGAUAAUAUUUUCCGAAAUGUUGAGGUUCUUAUUUAUGUAUUUGAUGUGGAGAGCCGGGAAUUGGAAAAAGAUAUGCACUACUAUCAGUCCUGCUUAGAAGCUAUAUUACAGAACUCCCCAGAGGCGAAGGUUUUCUGCUUAAUUCACAAAAUGGAUUUAGUCCAUGAAGAUCAAAGAGAUAUUAUUUUCCAUGAAAGAGAAGAUGACUUAAAACGACUGUCAAAACCCCUACAGUGUACCUGCUUUGCCACCUCAAUAUGGGACGAAACAUUAUAUAAGGCAUGGUCAUCAAUAGUCUAUCAACUAAUUCCAAACGUACAUCAGCUGGAAACCAAUUUAGCUCACUUUGCAGAUGCUAUUGACGCUGAAGAAAUUUUGCUGUUUGAAAGAGCAACAUUCCUUGUGAUCUCCUAUUGGCAGAGGAAACCUCAUCGUGAUGUGCACAGGUUUGAGAAGAUCAGCAAUAUCAUCAAACAAUUUAAGCUGAGUUGUACAAAGGUAGCUGCUUCUUUCCAAAGUAUGGAAGUCCGUAAUUCCCGCUUUGCUGCUUUUGUUGAUGCUUUCACCUCCAACACUUAUGUUAUGGUCAUCAUGGCUGACUCUUCAAUCACUUCUGCUGCUACCUUGUUAAACAUCAAGAAUGCCAGACAACACUUUGAACGUCUUGAAAAAGAAGAACUUGCUCGUGCUCCAAUGGUAUCACGAUAAUAAAGACUAGACAAGAAUAUAUUUGCAAGAUGUUGUUGUUGUUUGUGAUUGAAGUUUCUGUCCAGUCACCAGGGACAACACAUCACCAAAUUAUUGAUACUCCAAAUAUGUUUUUUUUUUUUUUAAA